UGCUAAACUGCAGUCCCCGGCAGCGCGCAAGCUUUCCGCGCCUGGUUUAGCGGUAGCGGUGAUUACUCCUGGAUUAAAGAAAAACCAGUUUCCGCAGGACUGGAGCUAAGCCGUUAUUGUGGAAGUUUGGUGAAAGUUUACCGCUGAAGCAGUCGGCAGCUGACGGCGCAGAAGACUUUGCAGGCUUGUGUCAUGGAGUAUAAAAGCGGAGUGGAGCCAGGCGUCAGGCCUGCGGAUAACUAACGUUAGCUAGCCGAGCUAACGUUAGCUGACGUGAACCCGUCUAUCCUUGUUUGGGUCGCUGUGCUAACUAGCUAGGUGCUAUUUUUGUUAGCAUAACAGAGGGUUCCCUGCUUGUUUAGAUCCGGAUAUAUUGAACGAACCCACCGGGGUCCACUACAAUAAUACGUUUCCUGAACUUUUGUCGGAGUUUUAAGUUAACCUUCUGAGCUAACGGUGUACAGUAAGGAAGCUGUCGAGCUAAGUCUUUGUUACAAAGUUGAUCUUUUGAUUUUGAUAGAGGGAUGAUUUGUGUGUUAAAUUAAUAAUUUUUGUAGGUUGAUGAUAAAAUAUAAGUUAGACGUAACGUUAGUCCAGACCGCACAGUCGUUCUGCCCCCCUACGGGACUACAGUUAAAAUCUUUUUCUCUCCUUCACACCCCGACCCACCGACCACUGUCUCCUGUCGUCGGCCGGCUUCGGUGGCUGGCCACACAGCACUGAGUGCCCAAUGGAGGAACGUGACAACAUGGACUAUUUUUACCAGCAGGUAUUGCAAAAAGACGUUACCCGCAGGUUGCAGGUCGGCCAGGACCUAAUUGACUACCUAAACGACCCACAACGGUCCCCGGACGUGGAGCAGGACAAACCCCGGCUGGAUAAGACCGUGGACGAGCUAACGGGAUGGGUGAACUCCAGCAAUUUCAAGGUGGCGUUGUUGGGGAUUGACAUCUGUGGUGCAUUUGUGGACCGCUUGGGAGAGCGGUUCAGAGGAUACCUGGGCACAGUUUUGCCAGCUUUGGUGGACAGGCUGGGCGAUGGGAAGGACCAGGUCAGGGAGAACAGCCAAGCUCUCAUCCUUCGCUGUAUGGAGCAGACUGCCUCGCCCAUGUACAUUUGGGAAAGGCUACUUCCUGGUUUUAAGCACAAGAACUUCCGCAGUCGAGAAGGAGUCUGCCUCUGUCUCAGUGCCACGCUCAGCAUGUAUGGGGCCCAGCCACUGAGCCUCAGUAAACUAGUUCCUCAUCUCUGCACUCUGACUGGAGACCAGAACCCACAGGUACGUGAGGCCUCCAUUAACACAUUGGUGGAUGUUUAUCGUCACGUCGGAGAGAGGGUCAGAGCAGACCUGGGAAAGAGAGGACUGCCUGCUGCACGGUUACAGACGUUAUUUGCUCGUUUUGAUGAAGCCUUGAAUUCAGGCAACAUGGCUCUCAGCCCGAGUCACGAUCGUAGUUUUGAGGAUGAUGACAGUGUGGAUGGGAAUCGUUCUUCCUCAGCCCAGGCUGCCUUCAAGGUCCCAAAAGUUCCCAAGAAGGCUGCAGAGUCCUCUAUCCAAGGAAAGUGCCGGGGGGAUUGAUGAAGAGGACUUCAUUAAAGCCUUUACAGAUGUCCCUACUGUCCAGAUCUACUCGGCGAGGGAUCUUGAGGACAACCUGAAUAAGAUCCGUGAGAUCUGCUCUGAUGACAAACACGACUGGGACCAGAGAGCCAACGCUCUAAAGAAGAUACGCUCAUUGUUGGUGGCGGGCGCAGCCACCUACGACUGUUUCUACCAGCACCUACGGUUACUGGAUGGAGCCUUCAAACUAUCAGCUAAAGACCUGCGCUCCCAAGUUGUCCGAGAGGCCUGCAUCACUGUGGCCUACCUCUCAUCAGUGCUGGGGAAUAAAUUUGACCAUGGAGCGGAGGCCAUCGUUCCCGUCCUGUUCAACCUCAUCCCCAACUGUGCCAAAGUCAUGGCCACCUCCGGUGUUUCAGCCAUCCGCAUCAUCAUACGGCACACCCACGUCCCCAGGCUAAUCCCCCUGAUAACCAGUAACUGCACAUCCAAGUCUGUGGCUGUUAGGAGGCGCUGUUACGAUUUCUUGGACCAUCUACUACAGGAAUGGCAAACCCACUCUCUUGAGAGGCACACAGCUGUUCUGGUUGAGAGCAUCAAGAAGGGAAUUCGAGAUGCAGACUCAGAGGCCCGAGUGGAGGCUCGCAAGGCCUACUGGGGUCUGAGGAACCACUUCCCAGGGGAGGCCGACGCUCUCUACAACUCCUUGGAGCCGUCGUACCAGAAGACCCUUCAGUCCUUCCUGAAGAGCUCUGGCAGCGUAGCCUCACUUCCCCAGAGUGACCGCUCCUCGUCCUCCUCUCAAGAGAGCCUCAAUCGUCCUCUGACUUCUAAAUGGUCAGCAGCUCCAGGGCGAGUCCCUGCGGGUUCAAAGGGUGGGCAGUCGUCGGUCUCCCUGCAGCGUUCCCGUAGUGACGUGGAUGUAAACGCAGCAGCAGUCGCUAAGCACCGCAACGUCGGACAGGCCAGGGCAUCAGGGCGUCUGCCCCCUGGCUCCUACUCUUCACUGGGCCGUGUACGUACCAAGCAGCCCUUGUCAGCUGCCAGCAACAUGUCCAGCCAGGUGGAUUCACGAGGACGCAGCCGCACCAAGAUGGUCUCCCAGUCGCAACGUUCCGACGAAUCCGAUUGCACACCAGGAUCUCAGUCUGCUAACCCUGUUGGUGCUGGCAGUCGGAGCGGCUCCCCGGGUCGUGUACUGACGAGUACGGCCCUGAGCACCAUGAGCUCAGGGGCCCACAGGGUGCUGGCUGGGGACGGACACAGACGUAGCCGCAUCCCCCGCAGCCAGGGCUGCUCCAGAGACUCCUCCCCCACCCGCCUGUCUGUUGCUCCUUCCAGCAUUAGUUCCAUCUACAACGGAGCGAGCCGAGGAGCUCGGGGCAGUCGUAUCCCUCGGCCCAGUAUGAGUCAGGGCUGCAGCAGAGAGGCCAGCAGGGAGAGCAGCCGGGACACCAGCCCUGUACGCUCCUUCACGCCCCUUGCAACGCGGAGCUACUCUCGCUCCACCGGAGCUCUCCACACACCUGAUACUUUUGGGGCAGCAGGAUCAGGUUUUGGCAUCAGUCAGUCCAGUCGUCUCUCUUCCUCAGUCAGUGCCAUGAGGGUCCUCAACACGGGCUCCGACGUAGAAGAGGCUCUCGCAGAUGCACUGCUGUUGGGAGACAUGCGGUCCAAGAAGAAGCCAGCACGGCGGCGGUACGAGAACUACAGCAUGUACUCCGAUGAUGACGCUAAUAGUGAUGCAUCAAGCGCCUGUUCGGAGAGAUCCUACAGCUCCAGGAACGGAGGAGCCAUCCCCACGUACAUGAGACAGACAGAAGACGUAGCCGAGGUGCUGAACCGCUGUGCCAGUGCCAAUUGGUCAGAGAGGAAGGAGGGGCUGCUGGGCCUUCAGGCGCUGCUCAAGAACCAACGCACCCUCAGUCGGGUGGAGUUGAAGAGGCUGUGUGAAAUCUUCACCAGGAUGUUUGCUGACCCUCACAGUAAGCGAGACUCCGGCAGGGUGUACGGCACAGCAGAAUCCAGUAUAAGCUCAGCCUCUUUCAAGAGAGUGUUCAGCAUGUUCCUGGAGACACUGGUAGAUUUCAUCCAUGUCCAUAAGGAGGAUCUGCAGGACUGGUUGUUCGUCCUGCUCACACAGCUGUUGAAGAAGAUGGGAGCUGACCUGCUGGGCUCCGUACAGGCCAAAGUUCAGAGAGCCCUGGAUGUCACACGAGAGUCUUUCCCCAACGACCUCCAGUUUACUAUUCUCAUGCGAUUCACUGUGGACCAGACACAGACACCCAACCUCAAGGUGAAGGUGGCCAUUCUGAAGUAUAUUGAGACUCUGGCGAUACAGAUGGAAGCUCCAGACUUCGUGAACUCCAGUGAGACUCGGCUGGCCGUCUCCCGCAUCAUCACCUGGACAACUGAACCCAAGAGCUCUGACGUCAGAAAGGCAGCCCAGUCUGUGCUAAUCUCGUUGUUCCAGCUCAACACUCCAGAGUUCACCAUGCUGCUGGCAGCUCUGCCCAAAACCUUUCAGGACGGAGCCACCAAGCUGCUUCAAAACCAUCUGAAGAACACUGGCAAUGUUGCACAGGCACCAAUGGGCAGCCCUCUGACGCGCCACACCCCUAGAUCUCCAGCCAGCUGGUCCAGCCCGGUCACUUCCCCCACCAACACCUCCCAGAAUACCCCCUCACCAAGUGCAUUUGACUACGACACGGAGAACAUGAACUCGGAGGACAUCUACAGUUCACUGAAAGGUGUCACCGAGGCGAUCCAGAACUUCAGCGUCCGCAGCCAAGAGGACAUGAAUGAACCCGUCCAACGGCGGGAGGGCGAGGAGGGUGACAGCGGGACAGACAUCCGAAUGUCAGACUCAGUGGAAGGAGGCCGCAUGGCUCUGGAUAACAAGACCUCCCUCCUCAACACCCCCUUGCUCUCAUCCAGUCCACGAGGGGCCCGCGAGCACUUCUCGGACUCUCCUUUCAAACACAGUCGCAAAGACACCAGCAUGGACGACUCCGAGUGUCUCACUGAUGAUAGCAGCUUGGACCAAUCAGAGUUGGUGGCCGAGCUGCUGAAAGAGUUGUCCAAUCACAACGAGCGCAUUGAGGAGAGGAAAGCAGCGCUGCACAAACUGCUGAAGCUGAUUCGCGAAAACACCCUGCAGGUGUGGGACGAACAUUUCAAGACCAUUCUGCUGCUCCUGCUCGAAACGAUGGGCGACAGAGAGCAUGUGAUCCGGACGCUGGCUCUGCGGGUGCUGAGGGAGAUUCUCAGCAAGCAGCCCUGGAGGUUCAAAAACUACGCAGAGCUCACCAUCAUGAAGGCCUUGGAGGCUCACAAAGACCACCACAAGGAGGUGGUACGAGCAGCAGAGGAGACUGCAGCCAUGUUGGCGUUGUCCAUUAGUCCAGACCAGUGUGUCAAGGUCUUGUGUCCCAUCAUCCAGUCAGCUGACUACCCCAUCAACCUGGCUGCCAUCAAGAUGCAGACCAAAGUGGUGGAGAGGGUUCCCCGCGAGGGCCUGAUGAGCCUUCUGCCUGAGAUAGUGCCAGGACUCAUACAGGGUUACGACAACUCUGAGAGCAGUGUGAGGAAAGCCUGUGUGUUCUGCUUGGUGGCCAUUUACGCAGUGAUCGGAGAAGACCUCAAACCGCACCUCAGCCAACUCUCCAGCAGCAAGCUGAAGCUGUUGAAUCUGUACAUCAAGCGUGCCCAGUCCGGCUCCAGCGGCAGCGAACCCCCGUCUGACGGCCUAUAGGAGACGUAGCGCCCUCCCACACGUCAACCUCAGAACUCUGCCCACCAAAACAUCCGUUCAUGAGCUCUCGCCCACACAGACCGAGAACAAAACACACAUCCUAACACCCUUUCACAGCAGCAAACUGCUUACAUCCACACGUACGCUUGCACUCACACACAGGUACACACCGUGCUUCUACAUUUCCUGUUCCACUACAAGAUGGGAGUUGUGGUGAAGAAGAGUGUUCUCCUGACCAUCGCUGAGGAUCCACUCUGAUCUCAGACUGAACUGAACUCUUAACUUUGGAUUAAACAAACAAACACAUUCAGUCACAUAGUCCACCCAGGUUUGACACUAACCACUCAAGGAUGAAGAAAUGUCCGUCCUCUUCACCUCCUCUACAUCCCGAACACAACAGUAUCCCCUCUGAAUAACAUCUUGAUGUUGACAGGAAGUGGUGCAACUGCAUGGUUCUCUUUUUUUUUUUCUUUUUGGGUGGGGGGGUAAGGUUCAUAGAACAGGGCUGAGACGAGCGAAUGGUGCCGCCAUGUGUCUUCAACAGCGAGUGACCAGGGCCAGGUAGAAAGGAAUGUAAAUUUACAUUGUGUCAUAGUUUGGAUUUAUUUUACAAUGAGAUUUUACUGCAGCGGUUUUUAAUGUCUGGAGUAUUCUUUCUCUUUCACACACACACAAACACACACUUUCUCUCUCUCUCAAAAAGGUGCUGAUUAGCCUAAAAGGUACGACGACCAACCAAGCACUAACACAAGCCGCAGUGGGUCGUGCCUGCUCAUAGCAAACACAGUACAUAGGCAGAUUCCAAAGUAUAGGAGGUUAUUGUGAGCUUGGCUAUGCAUGAGACUAAAUUUUAAAAAUUACUUUUUAUUGGGGUCCUAUUGACAGUCAGAAUAGUGAGACUGUGGUUUUAAAUUAAUGUGAACAAUGUCCAUCCCUUUCAGAAAAACCUGUGGUGUCCUCCAUUUGUCUCAUCUUGGAUCAGUCCACUCCUGGGCAACAUGGGGAGGAAGAUGGGUGUGUGCUGCUUACUACAUUAGGUAUAACAGGCGUAUUAUCACAUAGGGGAUAUGUAUCUAUAUGAUAUUAAAAUGGAAUAUCCAGUAACAGUGUCAUUUACGAGAGUCCCUGGAGGGGUGCACGAGCGCACCUGUGGCCAUCCUUGUUUUUAUUUUCUCUUUCUCUCUGUUGCCCGUGCCCUAGUCUCUCUCUCGUUCUCUCGCUCCCUCACACUUAUGUUUUCUCUGCUGAGAAAUUUGUAGAAAUGUAUUAUUUACAGCUCUGAAAAAACAACUGUCAAGUGACCCUCUUCUACUCUUCAUCGUGUCUUUCUUUCCUUCCUCUUAUUGUAACAUUCUAGUUUUCACUGUUGUGUUCCCUCUGUGCAUUUACAAAGCUGUGCUUACAAUAAAAUAAAGAACUUGUACAGAU